AAUGUUUUCACUUUGAAAGAACUGAAUGAAAUCAAGGAAUAUAAAUAUAAGAAACUCCCAGAUAUGCCGACAGAUUUGUUGAGAUAUUUAAACAGUUUUCGUAAAUAUAAUACUCGAGGUCUUAGAAAAGCUGUGUUUGAAACUCAAAGUUGGUUGAGAGAAUAUGAGGCUAAGAAUCUUGAAAAAGAUCAUUUAGAAUUAG